UUUGAGAAUUGCCCCCACUGUUGUAUUCUGAUGUACAAAGGUUAUGCGGAUGUAGGCGGGGUUUACUUUCUACGUAAUGCAUAUGCAGUACAAGGAAACACGAAAGUUCUGUCAGCUAACGUCAAGGCUCAGCAGCACUUCUCCUUGAAGACAAGUCCCUCUUCCUUGCAUCCACUGUUUUUACCACUGUUAUUUUCUUUGUUUACAACCAGAACAAGGUUUUAAAAUGUCCAAGAAAAUCAAGGCAGGCUCUGUGGUUGAAAUGCAAGGAGAUGAAAUGACACGAAUUAUUUGGGAGCUGAUUAAAGAGAAGCUAAUCUUUCCCUACAUUGAGAUGGACUUACAUAGUUAUGACCUGGGAAUGGAGAAUCGCGAUGCCACAGACGACAAGGUGACUGUGGAUGCAGCUGAGGCUAUCCGGAGAUACAACGUGGGCAUCAAAUGUGCCACUAUCACUCCGGAUGAGAAACGUGUGGAGGAGUUCAAGCUCAAACAGAUGUGGCGAUCACCCAACGGCACCAUCCGCAACAUCCUGGGUGGCACAGUGUUCCGUGAGGCGAUCAUCUGCAAAAACAUCCCACGCCUAGUUCCUGGCUGGCUCAAGCCAAUCAUCAUAGGCAGACACGCCCAUGGUGAUCAGUACAAAGCAACCGACUUUGUGGUUCCUGGACCAGGAAGGGUAGAGAUGACAUACACACCCUCAAAUGGAGAACCUGUGACAUAUGUCAUAUAUGAUUUUGAAGGUGCUGGUGGAGUUGCGAUGGGAAUGUACAACACGGACAAGUCCAUUCGGGAGUUUGCCCACAGUUCCUUCCAGAUGGGCUUGGUCAAAGAGCUGCCACUCUACCUCAGCACCAAGAACACUAUUCUGAAGAAGUACGAUGGCCGUUUCAAGGACAUAUUCCAGGAAAUCUAUGAGAAAGAAUACAAAGCCCAGUUUGAGGCCAAGGAGAUCUGGUAUGAGCACCGGCUCAUAGAUGACAUGGUGGCACAGGCCAUGAAGUCAGAGGGUGGUUUCAUCUGGGCCUGUAAGAACUAUGACGGAGAUGUCCAGUCGGACUCAGUGGCCCAAGGCUACGGUUCUCUGGGCAUGAUGACCAGCGUGCUGAUCUGUCCUGAUGGCCGCACUGUGGAAGCUGAAGCGGCACAUGGAACAGUAACGCGACACUACCGUCAGCACCAGCAGGGCAAGGAGACCUCCACUAACCCCAUUGCCUCUAUCUUUGCAUGGACUCGAGGCUUGCUCCACCGUGCAGAGCUGGAUAAGAACAAUGAGCUGCGGGUAUUCGCAGAGGCACUGGAAGCUGUUUGCAUUGAAACCAUUGAGGCUGGAUUCAUGACCAAGGACUUGGCAGCUUGUAUCAAGGGGCUGCCAAAUGUCAAGCGCUCAGAUUAUCUGAACACCUUUGAAUUCCUGGAUAAACUGGCCGAGAACCUGAAGACCAAGAUGUCCAAUCAGCCCAAACUCUGAAUCCUCUCGGGUUCUCAGAAGGAAAACAGACAUACGCACACAUGCAUUAACAAACAUUAACUUGUAUGCCUUUAAAUUGGGAGACUUAGAGACUUCUCCACUGAUGUACAUCUGUAGAUUUGGUAGGUCCAUCCACAUACCAACACACGAGGCUCUGUGCAUCCAGUGGACAUACUCAAGUGCCUUUUUAGGGCUCAUGCUAAAAAAUUGUUUUAUUUAGUUUUAGCUUAGUUUUUUAACUGUAGUUUAAACAGAUUUGAAAACACAACUUGCAGCAUUUACUUGUUAAUAUGAAUGGUGGUUCAUAACACUUACAAAUGUUUAUUUGUUUGACUACUAAUGAAUUAGUUUGCUAAUUUUGUAUUGGCCCAAAGGCACUCUAAAGAGACUGCACGCCAUACUACUCUUAGAGGUCUCAUACAAGUCCUACAUGUUUCCAGUCAGUGCAGUUAGCAUGACAGGGUGUCUGUGUCAACACCUCUAGCAUCCUAACAGUAAUGUCUUUGUUUUCAAGUCUGAGUGGAAGAAUAUUAAAAGAAAACAUUCCUGUCCCUGA